CGAACCAAGAGGAAUGAAGAAUCCGCGAUAAGCCAUACCUCCGGGGGGGUUGGGUAUUGUUUUGGAAGCCCCACGCGUCCACGAAUAACGACGGUUAUCGACACGAUGACGUCGUGUCGUACGAAGAGAGAUUGGAAGAACAGGCAAGAUACCUCUCUGUUAUUUUGGCCAAAAACCGGGAGAGAACCUCCAAUAUUACUCUAUCAACAGCAGUCAGUAGUAUCAGCUAUCCCCGGAUUGACUCACUCUGAUAAGCAAAAGAAAUGGACGAAAAUUCGAUGACGAAAGAAUAAGCUUAUCGAAAGGAAUUAUCUAUCAGAGAUAAUGCCCCAUAUGCAUUGAUUGGGCCAAGUCUAAUUGGGACAGGUCAAUAGACUCAAGGAUAUCAGUGAUUGGGGUCAUUCAGUGAAAUCCAAAGUCUUCUAUUGUCAAUGCUCCAAACCAUCGCUGAUAGUUUAUCCUGAACUGAUCGAGGAUCGUUGGAGCCGGCCUUAUCGUACAGUCAUCAACUCGCACGACUUAAAACAUGCCCCUUAUUCGUUCAAAUCAUUUCUGGAUCAUGAAAAUCAAUAGAUCGCAGACUCCAAUACUCCGGAGACACUUGGGACAACCUAUGAAGUCAUUCUGGAGUGUUUGUGUGACCCUUGGAGAACCUCUGAAGUCAUUCUGGAGUGUUUGUAUAACCCUUGGGGAGUCCAUCAGUCAAGUCCAUCAGUAAUGUGGGAUUUAUGGCAAGAUCGCGAUCAAGUUAAAUUAGAAUGACGAUCUUCCGAAAAUCUGUGAAAGGCAUCUCUUGAAAGAUUUGUGGACAUUUCACUCGAAACAGAUCAGAAUAUAAACAAAUCCAUCCCUUAUGAGAUAAGAUAAGAUGUUGGGAAUGCUGUCCGAUCUAUAAACCCAAUUUCAACACGAUUUGCAAUCGUUAAAUACCCAAAAUCCUCGGACAAAGCUUGUGUGUGUCUGUGUGCCGUUUCGGGGUCUCCACCAAAGGUGCAAUCAUCAAAUUACAGUCAUAUUGCCGGCAAUAAGUCCCAUCUAUAACUGCACAGUGAAGAUAACUAGAGUGUGUCUGAUGCUAUCUGAUGAUCUCGGCAUGUCUUCAUUCGAUAGGUGAAACAGAACAAGACAGUCCACUGUGUCCACUCUCCACUACGACGACAAACCGACGUGGAGACGCCCGGUACAUUUGAAGUCAGCAGAAGGGAAGGUUGAUAAAAUUGCAUCAAUAAGCCGCUGUAUGUGCUGCCACUGCAUCAAUAAAGCACGCACUCUACCUAGUGCCACGAGCCAAGGAUUAAGAAUGUAAGGUAAGGUCGACGAACAGUCUAGCUCCUCGGUAUUACUGUUUCAUAUUGCCGACCAGCACCACAAAGUAGCGUUAAAGAAGACACCGGCGCAGUGCUUUAACACCUCCCCAAAACCAGCUUCUUAUCACACCCACACUCACACUCGGCCUCUGCGCAACGUCUAAUGAGACAUGAAAAGCGCCAUUUAUACCGAUGUUCACGAUGCGAGAUAAUCGGAUGGUCUUAGGCAACGCAAGGUGUCUUUUACAAUGGAUGGCAUAAACUGGCGGCAUUUAGCUCUUCCUUUCCUCCAAGAUGCAUCAUAAAACAGCGCUGUAAUGACUGCGUCGAUUGCCCUGUCGAUACAGCCCAGAGCGGCAUCAUUCCAACGCAGACCGUGGUUAGUUACGGACGCCCGUUGUUGGUGCAACAUGUCAUCCGCCAAACAGAUGGGUCGUGGACAGUAUCGUAAUGAGUACAUCGCAGCGUUAGCAGCUACCUCAUCACUCGUGGCAUCGGUCGCCUGUGCUGGAUGGUCAUCGCCAGCCCUUCCUAUUCUACGAGGCCCUAAUUCACCCAUCCCAAUCACACCGGACGAAGGUUCGUGGGUCGUUUCACUCCUAUCAAUCGGUUCCCUCUUCGGGCCCAUCAUUUGUGGCCUGUUUGUCGAUCGAUAUGGCAGAAAGCCGGUCCUGUUGGUUAGUGCGGUCCCGCUGGUAGCUGGAUGGCUGUUUAUUGUGUUUGCCGAGUCCGUUGGUAUGCUGUACACCGCUCGGCUACUGCACGGCAUUGGCUACGGGCUGGCGUACUCCUUGACGCCCAUCUAUCUGGGCGAAAUAUCUUCCAACGCAGUGCGAGGAUCUACCGGUGUGCUGGUGACGGUAAUGGCCAAGCUCGCUUUCCUGUUCGAGUACUCCGUCGGACCGUACGUUGGAUUCCGGGCGUUGGCGUGGAUUUCACUCGCCCUUCCGGUCGGGUUCGUUGUGCUGUUCUUCUGGAUGCCCGAGACACCGUACUACCUGCUGGCCCGAGGUAAUAAGAAGGCUGCUGCGGAUAGUUUGCGCUGGUUGCGUCGCAGCUCAACCAUCGACGAGGAGCUCGGCCGGAUGGAGAAGCUUGUGCUGGAGAGCAAACAGAGGGGAAAUCCACUGAAGCAACUGCUUCUCACGUCCACGAACAAGAAAAGUCUCGUGAUCAUACUGCUGCUUUCGUUCGGUAUGCAGCUGACGGGCAUUAAUGCGAUCCUGGGCUACUCGCAGACAAUCUUCUCACGGUUAGCACUACCGCUGACUGCUGCCGAACUGUCGAUCGUGCUCGCUCUGGUGCAGCUGGGGUCCGUUAUGUUGCCGACCUUCCUGGUAGAUCGUGCCGGACGUCGACCGUUGCUACUUGCCUCCACGGGGGGAUCGUUCAUCGGGUUAGCUAUGUGUGCCGUGUACUUUACGCUGGAUGAAACCACCACAGAUGUGCUGUCGCCUGAACCGGGCGCAGCACACGGAUGGAUUCCGUUCGCUGGGGUACUGCUCUUUAUCAUCUCGUUUGCUAUCGGACUUGCUACUGUACCGUUCGCCAUUUUGGGUGAGGUAUUCCCGAAGCACAUCAAGGCUGCGGCGAAUUCUGUGUUUGGGGUCAUUACGUCUGCGGUUGUGUUUUCGGUGGUGAAGCUGUUCCAGAUCAUUUCGGACGGUGCUGGAACGUAUGUAUCGUUCUGGAUCUUCACCGGGUGUACGGCCACGACGGGGGUUUUGAUUUACUUGAUCAUUCCCGAGACGAAGGGCCAAUCGUUUGAGCGUAUACAGGAGAUAAUGAUGCGACGCGGGAGGACGCCAACGAUGACUGUGCUGAUACUGCUGCUGCUGCUGAUACCGAUCUCGUCGGAGGUGGAAAUCGAUUGCAACAGCUUGCGGAUGGGACAGUUCAUCUGCCCCGAUCCGGCGCUGCGUCAGAUUGAUCCGAAAACGCAGCAACUGCGGGGAUGUACGCCGGACAAUAAGGCACGCGUUUGGUGCGUCGCUGUCGAGGGGAUUGUGUGCAGCGAGACGAAAAACACAAGCUUUACCCGUGAAAUGCCCUGCAAAUGGACCAAUGGAUAUCACUUCGAUACAGCACUGCUGCUCUCCGUCUUUCUCGGCAUGUUUGGUGCGGAUCGGUUCUAUCUGGGCUAUCCCGCCAUUGGGCUGCUAAAGUUCUGCACCCUUGGCUUUAUGUUUCUGGGCCAGCUGGUCGAUGUUAUACUGAUCGCAACGCAGGUCGUGGGACCGGCCGAUGGGUCGGCAUACAUCAUACCCUACUACGGACCGGUCAUUACGGUCGUGCGUAGUGACAAUUGGACGUAUCGCCUACCGCAGGAUAACUGGUGAUUGCUGGCCAACAUCUUCCGGCUACCACGAUGGCCGCAGGUGGAAAACUAAGAAGGGGAUCACAUGUCUUGUCGGUACCGGGGUGGACAAAUAGAGAGGAGCGAGAUAUUACUGCUCUCCUUCAUUGCGAAAUACCGCCCCGAGACGAGACAUCCUCUUUCCUUUUGCUCCAGAAGAACAAAGGGUACGAAAUGUGAUACGAUAGCGUGUAGUAGUGAGUUUGUUGAUAAUGGUUUUUCCUCCCCUCUCCGAGACAGUGAAGCAGAAUAAAAUGUAGGCAAAAUUAUCAAAAAUUAAAUAUAAAAUACCGAUUUGAAAUAUACGAGAAGCUGUUAAGCAAAAACGGCUCUGACCAUAAACAA